AUGACUCAUCUAAGUGUUGAGUUAACUUUUGAUACAGCUUCUUUCAUGUUAACACCAGAGUCAACAGGAUUCCAAAAGGAUCAGCAGCAGAAGGACUCUGACACAUCAGCUACCGCAGGAAGCAUAGUUCAUCCAGAAACUGAAGAACCCCAAGCACUCCUAAAGUUUAAAGUCCUAUCCUUAGUUGCUAUGAAUUACUUUGAAAUGGCACCACCACAGUCCCUGGAAGAGUUGAAUGAGUUUGAAGAAUACUUGAGAGAAGUUAAGGCAAUCUUAGGAGGUGUUUCAUAUGAAGCUUCUUUCAUGUUAACACCAGAGUCAACAGGAUUCCAAAAGGAUCAGCAGCAGAAGGACUCUGACACAUCAGCUACCGCAGGAAGCAUAGUUCAUCCAGAAACUGAAGAACCCCAAGCACUCCUAAAGUUUAAAGUCCUAUCCUUAGUUGCUAUGAAUUACUUUGAAAUGGCACCACCACAGUCCCUGGAAGAGUUGAAUGAGUUUGAAGAAUACUUGAGAGAAGUUAAGGCAAUCUUAGGAGGUGUUUCAUAUGAAGGUAGUUUGGUGAUUUCUGUGGAGUGUGAUUCUCUUGAAAUGCUGGAGGGAACUCACAUUGUCUUUGUUAACUCUGCUAGGAAGAUAACAGAUAGAGAGAUGACUCAUCUAAGUGUUGAGUUAACUUUUGAUACAGCUUCUUUCAUGUUAACACCAGAGUCAACAGGAUUCCAAAAGGAUCAGCAGCAGAAGGACUCUGACACAUCAGCUACCGCAGGAAGCAUAGUUCAUCCAGAAACUGAAGAUCCCCAAGCACUCCAACAGUUCAAAUUCCUAUCCUUAGUUGCUAUGAAGUACCUUAAAAUCAUAUUUCCACAGUCCCUGGAAGAGUUGGAUGAGUUUAUAGAAAACUUGAGAGAAGUUAAGGCAAUCAUAGCAGCUGUUUCAUAUGAAGGUACUUCACCCUCAUCUGAUAUGUUCACCAUUAGUCAUGAAAAAGAACAAGAACUACCUGAAACUAUGAGACAUCAGGAAAGAAAAGCUUCUUUCAUGUUAACACCAGAGUCAACAGGAUUCCAAAAGGAUCAGCAGCAGAAGGACUCUGACACAUCAGCUACCGCAGGAAGCAUAGUUCAUCCAGAAACUGAAGAUCCCCAAGCACUCCUUAAGUUAAUUGCUAUGAAUUACCUUGAAAUCCCACCACCACAGUCCCUGGAAGAGUUGAAACAUUUUAAAGAAUACUUGAGAAGAAUGAAAGAAAUCAUUGGUGUUCCAUAUGAAGCUUCUUUCAUGUUAACACCAGAGUCAACAGGAUUCCAAAAGGAUCAGCAGCAGAAGGACUCUGACACAUCGGCUACCGCAGGAAGCAUAGUUCAUCCAGAAACUGAAGAACCCCAAGCACUCCUAAAGUUUAAAGUCCUAUCCUUAGUUGCUAUGAAUUACUUUGAAAUGGCACCACCACAGUCCCUGGAAGAGUUGAAUGAGUUUGAAGAAUACUUGAGAGAAGUUAAGGCAAUCUUAGGAGGUGUUUCAUAUGAAGCUUCUUUCAUGUUAACACCAGAGUCAACAGGAUUCCAAAAGGAUCAGCAGCAGAAGGACUCUGACACAUCAGCUACCGCAGGAAGCAUAGUUCAUCCAGAAACUGAAGAUCCCCAAGCACUCCUUAAGUUAAUUGCUAUGAAUUACCUUGAAAUCACACCACCACAGUCCCUGAAAGAGUUGAAACAUUUUAAAGAAUACUUGAGAAGAAUGAAAGAAAUCAUUGGUGUUCCAUAUGAAGCUUCUUUCAUGUUAACACCAGAGUCAACAGGAUUCCAAAAGGAUCAGCAGCAGAAGGACUCUAACACAUCAGCUACCGCAGGAAGCAUAGUUCAUCCAGAAACUGAAGAUCCCCAAGCACUCCUAAAGUUUAAAGUCCUAUUCUCAAUUGCUCAGAAUUGCCUUGAAAACAUAUCACCACAGUCCAUGGAAGAGUGGAAUAAUUUAAUAGAAUACUUGAGCAAAGUGAAGGCAGUCAUAGCAGGUGUUUCAUAUGAAGAGGCAGCAGGAUUCCAAAAGGAUCAGCACCAGGCCUCUGCCGCAUCAACUACUGCCGGAAGCAUACUUCAUCCAAAAACUAAAGAUUUCCUAGCACUCAAACAGAAAAUCCUACAGUUAAGUGCUAUGAAUUACUUCAAGACCACACCACUUCAUUCCAUAAAAGAGAGCAAUGAGUUUAAGUUUUCUAUUGGGAAUAACAAGAUCAGUGUUGGGAAAAGCAAGAUUACCAAGGACGGAGGAGUACUAAUAGUGCAAAACGUUCCAUCGCGUGUAAUGUUCCCUCCUAAAGCUCUGUCAACAUGUACAGAGGUCACAUGUUCUUUAUGGAAUCUGCAGAUUCUAUCACCACCCCUUGGAAGAAAUGAGGCCUUAGUGAGCAGUGUGAUGGAACUAGCCUGUGGAAGCCUUCUUGGUACAGAGAAACGUUACGAGUUCAAUGUGAAAGUGAAGUUGGCUUUAUCCUACAGUGCUAGUGACAUUAAAGGAUACGAAUUGGUGAUCAAAGAAUUGAUCAAUGAGAAGACCAAUGAUUGGAGAGACUUGGAAACCAGAUGGGCUUGGACAUCAUCAGAUAUCAAAGAUGAGCAUUCCAGCGUGGAAGAAUUCCCAGACUGGUUGUUUCCGUUUGCGGAGGCAGAAAUUACGAGGUUUUCUUCAUUUGCGGUGGUCUGGCGUCUCAAGUCUUUCACGUUUAAAAGCCCUUCGACUUUGUCAUCUUCCUUUCCCUGCAUUCUGUCAGACCAUCCAGGAGUGAGUGUAACAUUGCCUGUGAGUUCUCUCCCUACAGGAAAAACCUUCGCUCUCACUGUAAAGCUUCAUCUUUCUUUGAAGGUGCAAGAGAUUCCAUGCAAUGAUACUGUGCUGAAAGAACUAGUAGUUGCUGGGCCUAUUCUUCACAUUUCACCUUCUGAACCAGUUCAGCUGUUAGCACCUACUAGGCUCACAAUCCCAGUUUCACUUCGGGAAGACAUACCCAAAUUUCCGGAUUAUUCGGCCACUGACAUCAGGAUAUUUUGCCGAACCUCUGAAGAAGACGAGAGUGAAUGGAAUGAAGUCACAGAGCAGCUAGAAAAUAAAGCGGUUCUUAAAAAUGGGACAGUGACGUUCACAGUAAAUCACUUCUCAAUGUACUGGGUUUGGAUUGACCUAUUGAAACUACCCUUUGAUAUCUUGAAGCAUCUUGUCGAUUACCUCAGUGGAAAAUCGAUGUUACAACGAGUAGGAUUUUUUGCUCGUUUAUAUGCUAUAGAAAAUUCUACGAACUACGUGCUGACUCUUUACUGUUUCCCACUCCAUCUUGAAGAACAAGUGCAUACUCGAACAUCUUCAACUGAUCACUGCGUUCGUGCUCAAGGGGAAGGAAACUCGCUGAAGCCACUGUGUAAAGAAGAUCAGAUGUCUGUGUCACUUUCCAAAGCAUUUACUGUGACGCAAGAAGAAAAUCUAGACAACUUCUUGACGUUUCUCGGAACUGAACCUUUUAAACGAAGUUUGCGUGUAUCUGUUAGCGACCUCAGAAACCUGCAAGUAGAGUUGUACAUGGGGAAUCAAGAUUACAGACAAACAUUAUGCACGCUGUAUUUCAUUCCGACCUCUUCAGAUCAGAGCUCUUCCCCCCGGAACUCUCCUUCUGCAGCACAGGUAGUCAUGCGUGAGCAAAGGGAAGAUCAGGGAUUCAGCACAGCUUUGCCCUCACCGAAAGCACCUGAAGGAACAGAUUCAAGUAAUUCCCUAAAAGAAGAUUUGAAAGUUAUAAUCUUAGCAGACGAGUGGAAUUCACUUAAAGGUGGAUUAUCGACGUUUAACAGAGAACUUGCCAUUCAUUUAGCAAGCCGUUCCGGUACUCAAGUCACUGUCUUUGUUCCUCACUGUGCAUGUGGAGAGGAAGAAAAAGCAGCAGCUGCGGAAAAUCGUAUUACUAUCAUUGAGGCAGAGAAAUGUAUUGCAUGCUCUCCUCUCGAAGAAUUGUUUUUUCUACCGAAAGGUCAUCCAAUUGAUGUGGUAAUUGGUCACGGCGUGAAGCUUGGUAAACAGGCUCAGAUUAUUAGAAAAAAUCAUGACUGCAAGUGGGUUCAAGUAGUGCACACUGCUCCUGAUGAACUCGGUAUGUACAAGGACUAUCCGAAAGCUGUCGCACAAAGUGAGGAAAAGAACCAGCGUGAGGUUAGUCUAUGCGAAACAGCUGACCUUGUCAUGGCAGUUGGGCCUAAAUUGAAAGGUUUCUACUCCAACCAUCUACGCUCUUUCAACAAAGACCAAAAUGUUGUGCAAUUUACACCGGGAAUUAUGAAAGAUUUAACUGAUGUGGAGUUGUCGCUCCACGAGAAUGACGAGUUUCAGGUACUGAUGUUUGGGCGUGGUGAUGACGAAGACUUCGAGCUUAAAGGCUACGAUGUUGCUGCUGAGGCAUUUGCAAGUCCUGAGCUGAAAAACGAUUCCUAUCAUCUCACAUUCGUUGGAGCGGCCCUCGGAAAACAAGACGAAUUUGCAGCGAAGGUUCUCCAACAUGGCAUUUCUAAAAACCAGCUAUCUGUCAAAGAAUAUAUCAAGGAUAGAAAUCGAUUAAAAGAGCUGCUUCUUCGUAUGGAUCUGGUUAUCAUGCCCUCAAGAACAGAGGGAUUUGGACUCACUGCACUGGAGGCCCUAUCCGCUGGUUUGCCUGUCCUUGCCGGCCAUAACUCAGGCUUUUCAAAAGCCUUGCGGGAAGUAGAAUUUGGAGAACUCUGUGUAGUUAAUUCCGAUAAACCCGAAGACUGGUCAAAGGCCAUUAAGAAGGUUCGUCAAAAGGAGAGAAAAAAGCGGCUAAAAGAGAUGCAACGACUGCGGGAAUCUUAUGAACGGAACUACAACUGGGAAGAACAAUGCGAGAUUCUUCUAAGGGAGAUGAGGAGAAAAGUUUUUGCGUAGAACCUCAGCGCAUCGUCAGUAGGCCUAUGAAGACACCGUGAGAAGCAAGCAAUAUGGUGAUUCAACACAGAAUUUUGUAUUACUGAAGAAAUAAGACAAUUGACGUCUUUUUUUCAAUUUUUUAAUUCAUUGUAUUAGCCAGGAAACGUUUACCCAAGUUAGGCUUUGUAAGAUCACCAGAUUCAGAUGUACAUAUUUUAGUUUUGAUAUAAAUUUCCUCGCAGUGCAAUACUGAAGUUUAAUAGUCAGUGGUUUCACCCAGAGACCGAACCAACAGUUACGAAAGAUGAUAUGUUACUCGUACACAUUUAAUGGAUAUUAUAUAUUUUUUUGCUUCCCGUCUUUUUAUGACGAUAAAGCUAUGCAAUUUUAUCCUAUUUGAGCAAAAAAAAAAGCCACUCACUGUUCUUGCUGCAUUUGGGAUCUGUCACAUCUGUGUGGAGAAUUCUGACUCAAAGACGCGAAGAUGUGAUAUAGUGUUCGAGUGGUGGAACAAUUUUCAGAUAAGAGUCGAGGGUUAUCAGAGAGUUAUCCUUCAACAUGCUCUGCGAUUGGCGUAGACAACUCUCGCCAACUUAUUUCAACCAAUAAGAUGCAAACCAAAAAACAGUCGCGACUAAGUCACUGACGUUUUCGGACAGGUAGUUUGCGUUUUUCAUUUUUAUUUUUUUUUAUUUCGAGUUGACGACGGUUUCUUGAGAUAUUUUUUUCUGCUUUGAUCGACGGUUAUGAUAAGACAUCCAAACGAAAAGUGCUCCAAGAAUAAUAUGAAUUGUUUUACCACGAGAACUUUACAAUGAUUUGUUCGAACUUCCGUCUACCGUAGUGUGAAACUGAAGCGCUUAAUUGUUUAACAAGCAAGAACUCGAACAAAUUCACGAGUUUAAAGCUCAGACCUGUUGUUAUCUCCUUAAAAAUCAAGUCUGUAAACGCCCAUCAAAUAGGAUAACAAAACACGGCCCAUUUAAUGCAUAAAAUUAAAACAAAUACUUGGUGACUUGCAAAAAUAUGGUAUGUAGUAUUUGAAGGUUGAAGCAUUCUUAAUCCUUAGUUAUAUAUGUCGUUUUCCAGACCAACACACUAUAGUCGACAUUCUAGCGGUAUUUGGGACAACAUCUAUGGGAAUACGCCCUACCAGGCGGGAAAAAGCGCGAUCCUCAACACUAUGAGAAAAUUAUGAAAGAUAGGUAGCAACGUACAGACGUGUAUAACAACAGUAAGACAUGCAUUCUGUAAUUCCGUAGGGAAAAUAUAAUCUUUCAAAUAAAUUAACAUUCUACCGUAA